UAUAUAUAUAUAUAAGGAAAAAGUAACAAUAAUUUAUUGUUUAUUCUUCUAAAGAAUUUUCAGAGUUCCGAGUUGUGGCAAAAAUUAAACGAAAAAGUGUUAUUUUGUUUACAAUAAGAGAUUUUGGGGUUAAAAAAGAUAAUACAGAAAUCCUAACCUCAACAACGAUAACUUUUUUAGCGGAAACAAUUGGGGAUUCUACAGCGUUUUGAUUGACAAAAAGAGUUGAAAUGUCUGAAAAUACCAAUUGGCAUGUGGAGAAGCACAGAGCUGAACACGAGUGCGAUGAGCACUGGGAGUUGAGAAAAAAUUUUCUCGAGGCACAUAAGGAAAAAUUUCCGGAAGAUGAACUCGUUUGUUUGGCUCAGGUCUUCACGAAUGUAGAACUCUUAGGAUGCAGAUAUCCAAAGGAAACAAUGGAUCUAAUAGCAGAAUUAUCAGAGGAUGUUGCUAAGGACUACAGAGCAAGGCAAAAAACCAAAUUACAGAGAACCUUUGUAAAAGCAUCUGAUGCUGCCAGCUCAAAGAUCAAAAGUACAUCAAGAAAUUGACUCAGAGGCCCCCAGCACUCUCCAUCCAUCAGGUCUACCACCUCCCACCCCCCAGAACCACGAACUCGAGAAAUUCGACAAAGGACCUUUUGUAUGAACUUCUGGAGAUCGGUGAGAGUACGGGGAAAUAUGAGCUGAAAAUUCCCACUGGCUGAUAUAUUCUGGACAGUUGAUUUUCUUUUUAACAACUUUCUUUAUUAAAUUACAAGUUUUUUUUUCAUUUGUUCGUCAAGAAUAAUUUUUUUCUUUCACAAUUUACUGUUAAAGGAACGGGAGAAAUGUACAAAAUAUUGGGGAGACACAAUAAAAUGUGCCUUCCUAUCAUAAAAUUCUUGAAUUUACAACUUUUUGUACAAUUGUGGUGUAGUCUGCUGGGGAUAACCUCCUCUGGAAUGUCUUAUGCAUCAAAUAAAAGAACUAAUAAAAACAUG